AUGGCAGAGUUGGAUACCAUGAUCGAGUUUAAGGAUGAGCUGACCUGCCCCAUCUGCCUGGAAAUUUACAGCAACCCUGUGUCCCUCAAGUGUGGCCACAGCUUCUGCAAGAAGUGCAUCCAGGAGGCACUUGGCUGCCAGCAGAAGGAGCAAAAGAAGGAAGAGCAGUGUGAAAAGAAGGAAGGAAGUUCAGGCCAGCAAGAGGAGGUGAUCCUGUGUGACCUGUGCCUCCAGGAGCCCCAGCGAGCCGUGAAGACCUGCCUGAGGUGUGAGGCUUCCCUGUGCCAAGCCCACCUGAGCAAGCAUGACACAAAGAAUGCCCAGAACAACCACAUCCUGGUGGAGCCCUGUGGGCCUCAGGCUUUGGCAGAGAGGAGAUGCCCCCAGCAUGGCAAACAUCUGGAGUACUACUGCGUGGGAGACUCAGUCUGCAUCUGCAUGGCGUGCUGCAUCCUCAGCUCCCACAAAAACCACAAGAUCAUCACUUUGCAGGAGGCUUUUGGCCUUAGCCAGAGUGUUUUUGCUGAAACUCUGAGAACAAUAAAAAGCCACGAAGCUGCACUGGACCAAAGCAUAGCAAACCUGCUGAUUCAGGAGGAGAAAAUAAAGACUGAGAAUAGCCUGCAGAGGGAACAGCUGGAGAGCCUGUUUGGAGAGAUUAAUCUGAAGCUACAGGAAAAAAAAGAAGAGCUCCUGAAAACUCUCAGUGACUUUGAGGAGAAAGAGCUUUCUGAGAUUCAGAUGCAGAUAGAUAAAUACAAAAUGCAGAAGGAUUCAGCCAGCCAUGAUGUUCAAGAGCUGGAGGCUCUGAGAGAUCAGAAGGACCUACUUGUUUUCAUCAAGGCUUUCAGUGUGAUUCGAGCCAGGUCCAACAACUCCCAGUGUCUGACUGGCUAA